AAACACUGUUACUCUUCGCUCAUUUCACUAAAUGCUCUUGUUGUUAAUAUGACUUCUAAGGUGAUCUACUUCACCGUUGGUGGCAAGGAGGAGCAGGCAGAAUUCAGUUCCGAUAUUCCCGCGGAUGAUGUGAAAGAGCUUUUCCGCAGUGCUGCUGAAGCCGGGGCUUACGACAUUUUAAAGUUGUACAACACAAAAGGAAGUAUUGUGAACAUCUCGCCUAAAUUAUCGGAGAACUCUCCCGAGUGUCGGUACAAGCUUGAAGUGGUGGCCGCUAGCUGCUCGGCUUGUGGCUUGUGUGAACCUGGUAAUGGCUGCUCUCUGGAGAAGUUGGAGCAGAGAAUUGAGAGCCUAGAAAAGCAGAUCAUUGUUGAAAAUGGUGAGCCUCCCCCAGUUGUCAAAGACAUCAAGCUCAAAGUGGACUCAUUCCGGGAUAAACUAGAGAGUGUUGAAUGUUUAAGCUGGCUUGGACUGUUUAAAGAGAUGACAAGUGGAACAACACCCAGACCGAAGCCAAGUUUGAUGCGAAAAUCAUCGGAGGAGUUUGAAAGUGUCUUCAUUAGAUACAGGAAUCUAUCAAAAGCAGAAUUAACAGAAGAAACAAGAAAUCUAUUAAAGAAGCCCACAUUUGAUAACUGGCAAUGGGAGGAGGCAGAAAUGCUUUAUUUACUUCAACAAAUGUACAUAGACUUAGGACUUUUGGAUGAAUUCAAAAUAGAGAGAUCAAAACUUCAGCACUUCCUGUUUGAAGUCUACCGACACUACAACCCAACACCUUUCCAUAAUUUCAGGCAUGCUUUCUGUGUAACACAAAUGAUGUAUGGUCUAAUUUGGUUAACAGAAAUCUUCAAUAAAAUCACUAAGCAAGACUUAUUGAUAAUGCUGACAUCAGCACUAUGUCACGAUCUCGACCAUCCUGGGUACAAUAACGCCUAUCAGAUCAAUGCAAGAACAGAGCUAGCACUAAGGUAUAAUGACAUCUCACCUCUGGAAAAUCACCACUGUGCCGUGGCUUUUGAUAUCAUGAAACAGGACAAGUCUAAUAUUCUUCAGAAUGUGAGCGCCGAGACGUUCAAGAAGAUUCGAGAAGGGAUGAUUAAGUGCAUCCUCUCCACGGACAUGGCUCGUCACUCAGAUAUCCUAAACAAGUUCAAGGAGCUGCUGAAGUCUGGCUUUAAGUUCGAUGACGAGGCUCAUAAGUCCAUGCUUAUGCAGAUCAUGAUUAAGGUAUCGGACGUGUCGAACGAGGCGCGACCCAUGGACGUGGCUGAGCCGUGGUUAGACUGCCUUCUGCAGGAAUUCUUUAUCCAGAGUGACGUGGAGAAACUUGAAGGUCUACCUGUUGCCCCCUUCAUGGACAGAGAUAAGGUGACGAAACCUUCUGCUCAAAUUGGCUUUAUCAAGUUCGUGUUGGUCCCCCUGUUUGAGGCGCUGGGAGAGCUUUUUCCCAUCUUAGAGGAUCACAUCGUUUCGCCGGUACGAAAAGCUUUGGAUUAUUACGUCGGUAUGGGCCAGACCAUGGAAACAGAACUUAAGAAAAAGAACUCGAGGGAGGAACAACAACAAGCAGUCAUUGCGGAGGAAAAGCCCCAAAGCUAGUAGAGGGUGAUAUUGUCUGUUGGAGUGAGUGGGAAAAAGGCGAAGAAAAUACAACCAACCGGAUUCUCGUGGUGAUAGCGAUCAGCAACGAACUGCGCGAAAGAUUUCUAUGUAUACUAAUUGAUAGCAGUCGUAUUUAGAUAGGCAUUCAAGAGGGAAGGGAUCUACUGAAGAGAUGUGGUGAAGCAACAAGAACACAUAUGCUGGUUCUACGGAUUCAACGAUACAUUUUGCGGUUUUGUUUUUCAGAAUUCGACGACGAUUGUGGAUGAGGAUGUAGUCCUGUCGUUAUGAGCGCGACCCACUGACUGGUAAAAGUUCUAUUAGAGGAUCCCCUCACGAAAAUUUCCUUUCAAAAGCAGUAUUGCACCAACCAUCAGGGAAUGGAUGCGUGUAUUACUCAUUUGUCUUCUCUAAAUGCUUGGAUGUGGUGUGGUGCAGCGACUGAGAACUGUCGUGCGUAAAAAUAGAGAGCUGUUAGGUAAAGUGAACUCUCUCCAAAGCAUACCAUACGCAUUGGGAGGCGAUUUCAAUUUAUAUAUAUAAGCAUAGCGUGGUCCUUAAUACAAUAUGUAUACAUACUAGAUUUUAUUUAUCGUUUAUAUAUGUAAAUAAAGACACUGGUGUACAUGCAAA